CGAAGAAAAAAUAUUAUCUAAAAUUGUCGCAAAAAUAUAUAAAAUUAUUUCAGAUUUUAAUAAAAAAAAUUUCUGCAAAAUCGAAGAAAUUUGUUCUUCCAGGAAGAAUCAUCCAGAAAUUUCCAUUCACAAAAUUAGGGUAUUUGAGCAAAACGUCUCCUUAACUCACUUUCCCCUGCAAACUAUCAAUAAAAUAUAAAAUGGUUAUCUCAGAAAACAUCCCGCCAAAUAUCGUCAAGAAACCCUGGCUAUACAAGAACAAAGAUGACGGUUCAUUGGUAAUAAAGGUGGAAAUAAUAGCGGGCCCAGAACCGGUUAUAAUAUGGAGUCGGGACGGAAAGCAGCUCAACGAAACGGCAUCAUCAACAGUUUCGUCGCCAUCGACAUCCCAUCAAAACCACAGUUUUACGUUGGAGAGGGUUAGAGGCAAUAGCUAUAUAGCCUCCCUUGUUAUUAGAUCUCCGGAUUCCAGGUACGACACCGGAAGCUACACAAUAAGGGCUACCAACCCUCACGGAAGCGCUCAAUCUCAAAUAGAACUAAACUUCGUUAGGCCCGAAGAUAUCGAUCAAGAUGAUUCCAAUGAAAGCAAGACGGUAUCACCUUUCUUCAAGAAGAAAACUACAGCCAAACAGACCGAUCACCAAAUGGUUAUAGAGUCGAUCAUUGGUUGCGAUCCAGAACCUUCCAUUGUUUGGUUCUUCAACGACAAGGAAAUCAAAAAUCAAGGACAAUACAACAUAACGUUAUCAAGGCUAGAAAACAAUACGUACAGGUCUGUGCUGACAAUCAACGAUUUGAACGUAGAAAACGCCGGGACCUACCAAAUUAACGCGCGAAAUGCUAAUGGUGAAUGCAAUUCAAUCGUGGCUAUCACAUUUGAUGAAAGAUACAUACCGACGUCAGAUGAUAUAGUACCUACUUUUACCGAAAGAUUGCACGUCAGGCAGUCGGAAGAUGGAAGCGUUGUAUAUUUCGAGUGCAAACUCUCCGCCUUUCCUGCCCCUGAUAUUCAAUGGUAUUUCGGUGACAAAAAGAUCCAAAAUGACGAUAAAUUCAAAAUUAAGCAGAUAAUAGACGGGAAGGAUUACAUUCUGAGUUUGCAAGUUGACGAUGUCAAUCUCGACGACGCCAAUCAGUACAGGAUCGUAGCCGGGAAUAAGGCUGGAACAACUGAGGAGAAAUAUAAACUUGCUUUUGAACUAACGGACGAAAAACCACCAAAGAUUUACCACGGGAUUCCUCCCAGGUUUCAUAAUAAGCCGAUAGUGAAGCUCGAAAGCAAUUUGAAGCUCAUAAUAGAAUGCUUGGUAGAAGCCAAUCCGGUAGCCGACAUUACUUGGUAUUGCGAAAACGAUAAAAUAACAAGUAAAAGAUACGAUUCCACUGUCGCGUUUGUCAUGAAAAAUUUCUACAAAGUCGUCUUGGUGAUUCAGAAUCCGACUCUAGCCGACUUUGUGAAUUAUCGUUGCUUAGCCAUAAACCCAUACGGAGAGAGCGCUGCCAAUAUACGAUUGAAUUUGAUAGGUCCAAAAAAGUUGAUGACAGAAGGCUUUAUGCCCAAAUUCCUCAAGCCCACAGAAAUAGUCGAAGUUUUUGAAAGCAAGGUAGACGCUAAAGGGAAGAAGAAAUUGGUAGAGUUAAUCCUGGAAAACGAAAUCGAAGCUCUUCCUGAACCGAAGGUUGUUUGGGACUUCGGUAGUAAUUUGAUAGACCAAAGAAACACUAGAUAUUCGUUUGAAUUUACUGAGAUCAAGGAACGGAAAAAUGUUUACAAGACCAUUUUGAAAAUUAAGAAUCCCGAUGAAAAGGAUCAUGGCUUGUAUACUUGCACAGCUAAAAAUAAAUACGGCGAAAGCUCCCAAGAUGCUUAUUAUCCAUCCGGCGCCGCCGCGAAGAGAGGCGAAGAAGGCGAAAAACCCGUGUUCGUCGAAGAAUUAAGUUCCAAGUCCGAAGAAAAAACGAUAAUCAUUGAAGGCAAAGUAACCGGAACUCAACCUUUCAAGAUAAAAUGGAUGAAGGAUGAAAAGGUUCUGUCUACAGAGGAAAGAACCGAUUACGAGAUUCAUUUCGAGGCUUCAUCCGGCAAAGUUUGGAUCGAAAUCAAAAAGCUUUCCAAAGAAUAUAGCGGGGAAUACAGUUGCGAAGUCAGCAAUAACUACGGCAUAGCCAUUUCUACGACUUACUUAGAUACACAAAGACUUCCAGAACCGCCAGGAAAACCGAGCGUUAAAGAAGUUAAGGCAACUUCUAUCGUUAUUACAUGGAAACCCUCGGAUAAAGUUGAUAAAGAUUUUCCCGUCAUAGGUUUCAAGAUAGAGAGAAAGAUGUACACCCAAUCGGAACAGGAAUGGAAAAUGAUAUGCGAGGAUUGCAGGGAAACCACUUAUGAAGAUAAACAGGUCACCCAAACCGAUUCAUACGUAUAUAGGAUUAUAGCCUACAAUAUCUGUGGUCCGUCUCGCCCCAGUCCACCGUCCGACAAAAUAUCGAUUUCCGACAAAUUUAAAAAACCAACGAUUACAGCCGAUAAUCUUAAAGAUCAAACGAUCCAUAAAAAGAAGUCUCUCAAACUCAUCGUGACAUUCGAAUCGAAGCCCCACGCCACGGUCGAAUGGUACAAAGACGGGGAUAGGGUUGAGAGCGAUUCUCAUACAACCAUCACGGAAAGCGUUACAUCACAAGAGGACAUUUACACAACAGAGUUGCUAAUAAAGGAAAGCGAAAUGGAAGAUGAAGGAGCUUACGAGAUAAGAAUCGAAAACGAAAUAGGAAAAGUGGAAGAACACGCUAAAAUAUCUGUCAUAGAUUUACCAGGCCCGCCAAAGGGACCACUUCAAAUUUCAAAUGCCAAUGGAAUUAGUUGUACACUAAAAUGGGAAUAUCCCGAAUAUGAUGGCCGAUCUACUAUUAAAAAUUACUACAUCGAAAAGUUCGAGAGUGACAAGAAGAAAUGGAUCCAUAUAGGGAACGCUGGAGAUAGUCUAAACUUCGACGUGACUAAAUUGACGCCAGGCCAAGAAUAUUCAUUCAGGGUUUACUCUGAAAAUGUUGUCGGCAGGAGUCAGGUACCGCUAACACUCGAAGGGAAGUUCAUAUCGAAAACACCUUCAGAUAUCCCAUCCGCUCCCGAAAAACCGCACAAGACAUCAUCAAGCCCCUAUUACAUAGAAAUAGCUUGGGAACAAGGCAAACAAAAACCCGGAAUUACUGUGGAUGGUUAUUUGAUAGAAAGGAAAGAAAAAUCAUCACUCGUUUGGGAAAAGAUUAACGAGGAUUUAGUCCCAACGCUUACGUACACAGACAACGAAGUCAUUGAAAACAUGGCUUACCAAUACAGGAUUUACGCGGUGAAUAAAGUAGGACCAAGCCAGGCUAGUCCUCCUUCCGACUUGAUCGAAGCGAAGCUUGAUAUCUUGGUGAAAACAUCUAAACCCGGAAAACCGUUACGUCCUGUAGCUACUAAAGAGGGAAAAAAUAGUGCUAAAUUAGAAUGGAAAAUAGUGAAAGACGACGGAAACUCACCUAUUACCGGCUACAUCAUAGAAGUAUGCACACCUAUCGAUGAAAACAUAGCGGAAAAGGAUAUGGUUGACAAAGACUGGCACAAGCUGAAAGAUAUAAGGGAUGCCAAAACUUUGCAGAUACUUUUAACUGAUCUUAAAAUGGACACGCCCUAUUUAUUCAGGAUAAGAGCCUAUAAUGUAGUAGGGGUAGGGGACCAUAGCGACUCCACUCAACCGGCCAUAAUUUUCAAAGAGGCUAAAGAGGAAAAGGAUAAGAGAAGGCCCUCCAAGGAAGGUAAGGAGGAGAAAAAGAAGGAAAAAGCGGAGAAAGAAAAAGGAGAGUUAGAAUUGAAAAGACCCAAAGAGGAAGAAGUUGAAGCUGAUCAACUAGACCAAGCUAAGAAAAUAAUCGAGGAAAAACCUAAAGCAGCGAAAAAGGGUGAAGUGAAAGGUGAAGAGGAAAAGAAGAAGCCUGAGGAAGAAAUAAAGCCGAAAGUGGAUAAAAUAAAAGUCGAACCAGAAAAACCGGAAAAGGCUGAAGAAAUACCGGAAGAGGUGGUAGCUAAAGCGAUAAUCGAAAAACCGGAUAGACUCAAGGAAGAAAGAGAAAAGAUUGAGAAGAAACCGGGUGAAGAGGAGCUUAAACCGAAAGUGGAAAAAGCAAAAUUGGAACCAGAAAAAGUAGAAAAAUUGCCGGAAGAAGAAGCAGCUAAAGUUGUGCCAGAAAAACCUGGAAAGAUGAAAGAAGAAAAGGAAAAGGUGGAAAAGAAACCGGAAGAAGCCAUUAUACCCAAAUUGGAGAAAACGGAAGAUGAACGAGAAAAGCCAGAAAAAGUUGAAAAAUUGCCCGAAGAGGAAGCAGCUAAAGCUGUGCCAGAAAAACAGGGAAAGAUGAAAGAAGAAAAGGAAAAACUGGAAAAGAAACCAGAAGAGGCUCUUAAACCCGAAGUGGGUAAAACUAAAUUGGAACCUGAGGAAAAAACAAUCGGGAAGCCGGAAGAAAAAGCAGCUAAGGUGGUACCUCAACCAGAAAAAGGAAAAGGGAAGGAAGAAAAGGAAGAAGAAAUUAAGCCUGGAAAAUUGGUCGAAGCUGAAAAAGAUAGAUUGAAAGAAGUCGAGGGUAAAGGAGAAAAAGUUGAAAAAGUCGAAGAAGCUGCUGCUGUCAAGCCUAAAGACGAAAAAAAAGAAAAAGUUAAAGAAGUUGAACCAUCGAAAAAACCUGAAGCCGCCAUCGAAAAAACGGAAAAAUUAGAGGAACCAACGGAAAAAGUUAAAAAAGCAGAAGAAAUAGCUAAAAUUGAACCAUCUAAAAAGCCUGAAGCCGCGACCGAAAAAACGGAAAAGAUAGAAGAACCGACGGAAAAAGCUAAGAAGCCAGAAGAAGAAAUCAAGGGAGUUAAACCGCUUUUAGACACGACUAAAAUUAAAGAUCAAACACUGAAAGUGGGAGAAACGCUCAAAAUUGCCGUUCCCUUUAAGGCUGAACCACAACCCGAUGUUCAAUGGAAAUCGCAUGGAAAGAUUAUAAGUGCCGAUUUCGAUUCAAGAUUUAUUGUUGAGGUGAAGCCAAAUUUUACUCAAUUAACGUUGAAAGAUGUUAAAAGAGGUGACGAAGGCGAAAUUUCUCUUACUGUAACAAAUAUAGCUGGCGAGGAUGGGACCACGAUGAAGCUAAAAGUUGUUGGUAAACCAUCACCUCCCAGGGAGCCGUUCGAGGUAAAGGAAGCUAUUGACAAUACACUAACAUUGACUUGGAAAGAACCGGAAGAUGAUGGUGGAAGCAAAAUCACGAAUUACAUUUUGGAAAAGAAAGAGGUAGGCAAGCCCAGCUGGGAAUUGGUCAAUAACAUGGUUCCAUCUACGGAAUGCCUCGUGAAAAACUUAAAAGAAAAUCAAAGUUACCAGUUCAGGGUAAAAGCCGAAAAUAAAUACGGAAUAUCGGAAGCAUUAGAGAUGAAGCAUCCCGUCACAAUACAAGCCAAAAUGGAAAAAGUUAAAGAGCCAUCGAAAAAGCCGGAAGCUGCCGUCGAGAAAACGGAAGAAUUAGAGGAACCAACGGAAAAAGCUAAGAAACCAGAAGAUAAAAUCAAGGGAGUUAAGCCACUUUUAGACACGACUAAAAUAAAAGAUCAAACACUAAAAGUGGGAGAAACGCUCAAAAUUGUCGUUCCAUUUAAGGCUGAACCUCAACCUGAUGUUCAAUGGAAAACGCAUGGAAAGAUUAUAAGCACGGAUCUUGAUUCGAGGUUCAUAGUUGAGGUAAAGCCAAACUUUACUCAACUAACACUGAAAGACGUUAAAAGAGGUGAUGAGGGAGAAUUUUCUCUCGAUGUAACCAAUAUAGCAGGCAAGGAUGAGACCUCGAUGAAGCUCCAAGUUGUUGGUAAACCAUCCCCACCAAGGGAGCCGUUCGAGGUAAAGGAAGCUACUGACAAUACACUAACACUGACUUGGAAAGAACCGGAAGAUGAUGGUGGAAGCAAAAUCACGAAUUACAUUUUGGAAAAGAAAGAGGUAGACAAGCCCAGUUGGGAAUUGGUCAACAACAUGGUUCCAUCUACGGAAUGCCUCGUGAAAAACCUGAAAGAAAAUCAAAGUUACCAGUUCAGGGUAAAAGCCGAAAAUAAAUACGGAAUAUCGGAAGCAUUAGAGAUGAAACACCCCGUCACAAUUCAAGCCAAAAUGGAAAAAGUUAAAGAGCCAUCGAAAAAGCCGGAAGCUACCGUCGAGAAAACGGAAGAAUUAGAGGAACCAACGGAAAAAGCUAAGAAGCCAGAAGAGGAAAUCAAGGGAGUUAAACCACUUUUAGACACGACUAAAAUAAAAGAUCAAACACUAAAAGUGGGAGAAACGCUCAAAAUUGCCGUUCCCUUUAAGGCUGAACCUCAACCUGAUGUUCAUUGGAAAACGCAUGGAAAGAUUAUAAGCGCAGAUCUUGAUUCGAGAUUCAUAGUUGAGGUAAAGCCAAACUUUACUCAACUAACAUUGAAAGACGUUAAAAGAGGUGACGAGGGAGAAUUUUCUCUCGAUGUAACCAACAUAGCAGGCAAGGAUGAGACCUCGAUGAAGCUCAAAGUUGUAGGUAAACCAUCGCCGCCAAGGGAGCCGUUCGAGGUAAAGGAAGCUACUGACAAUACACUAACACUGACUUGGAAAGAACCGGAAGAUGAUGGUGGAAGCAAAAUCACGAAUUACAUUUUGGAAAAGAAAGAGGUAGGCAAGCCCAGUUGGGAAUUGGUCAAUAACAUAGUUCCAUCUACGGAAUACCUCGUGAAAAACUUAAAAGAAAACCAAAGUUACCAGUUCAGAGUAAAAGCCGAAAAUAAAUACGGAAUAUCGGAAGCAUUAGAGAUGAAGCACCCCGUUACAAUACAAGCCAAAAUGGAAAAAGUUAAAGAGCCAUCGAAAAAGCCGGAAGCUACCGUUGAGAAAACGGAAGAAUUAGCGGAGCCAACGGAAAAAGCUAAGAAGCCAGAAGAGGAAAUCAAAGGAGUUAAACCACUUUUAGACACGACUAAAAUAAAAGAUCAAACACUAAAAGUGGGAGAAACGCUCAAAAUUGCCGUUCCCUUUAAGGCUGUACCUCAACCCGAUGUUCAAUGGAAAACGCAUGGAAAGAUUAUAAGCGCGGAUCUUGAUUCGAGGUUCAUAGUUGAGGUAAAGCCAAACUUUACUCAACUAACAUUGAAAGACGUUAAAAGAGGUGACGAGGGAGAAUUUUCUCUCGCUGUAAGCAAUAUAGCAGGCGAGGAUGAGACCUCGAUGAAGCUCAAAGUUGUUGGUAAACCAUCCCCACCAAGGGAGCCGUUCGAGGUAAAGGAAGCUACUGACAAUACACUAACACUGACUUGGAAAGAACCGGAAGAUGAUGGUGGAAGCAAAAUCACGAAUUACAUUUUGGAAAAGAAAGAGGUAGGCAAGCCCAGUUGGGAAUUGGUCAAUAACAUGGUUCCAUCUACUGAAUGCCUUGUGAAAAACUUAAAAGAAAAUCAAAGUUACCAGUUUAGAGUAAAAGCCGAAAAUAAAUACGGAAUAUCGGAAGCAUUAGAGAUGAAGCACCCCGUCACAAUACAAGCCAAAAUGGAAAAAGUUAAAGAGCCCUCGAAAAAGCCUGAAGCUGCCGUCGAGAAAAAGGAAGAAUUAGAGGAACCAACGGAAAAAGCUAAGAAGCCAGAGGAAAUCAAGGGAGUUAAACCAAUUUUAGACACGACUAAAAUAAAAGAUCAAACACUAAAAGUGGGAGAAACGCUCAAAAUUGCCGUUCCAUUUAAGGCUGAACCUCAACCGGAUGUUCAAUGGAAAACGCAAGAAAAGAUUAUAAGCGCGGAUAUUGAUUCGAGGUUCAUAGUUGAGGUAAAGCCAAACUUUACUCAACUAACAUUGAAAGACGUUAAAAGAGGUGACGAGGGAGAAUUUUCUCUCGAUGUAACCAACAUAGCAGGCAAGGAUGAGACCUCGAUGAAGCUCAAAGUUGUUGAUAAACCAUCCCCGCCAAGGGAGCCGUUCGAGGUAAAGGAAGCUACUGACAAUACACUAACACUGACUUGGAAAGAACCUGAGGAUGAUGGUGGCAGCAAAAUCACGAAUUACAUUUUGGAGAAGAAGGAAGUUGACAAGCCCAAAUGGGAAAUGGUAAAUAACAUGGUUCCAUCUACGGAAUGCCUCGUGAAAAACUUGAAAGAAAAGCUAACUUAUCAGUUUAGGGUCAAAGCCGAAAAUAAAUACGGAAUUUCGGAAGCCUUGGAGAUGGUACACCCCGUCACAAUACAAGCCAAAUUGGUGGUACCAUCUUUACCCGGAAAACCAGAAUUAAAGGACAAAGAUGAAGAUUUCAUAGAGAUAGUCUGGACACCGCCUUUAGAUGAUGGGGGAAAACCGAUUAAAGAAUACCUAGUGGAACGUCAAGAUACCAAGACCAAUAAGUGGGCGCAGAUUGCUAAAGUUGAACCGGAUGAAUUAAGUUUUACGGACAAAGACGUGAUUCCGAACGGAGAAUACAAAUACAGGUUGAGCGCUGUGAACGACAUAGGCAUCAGUGAGCCAGGUCCUCCCAGCGAAAAAAUUAGAGCCAGUUCUAAGCUAGAAAAGCCAAGAUUUUUAUUGGAUAAGUUUCCCGGAAAGGUGUUCAAAAUCAAGCCCGGGGAGAGCUUUGACGGAAGUUUUCCAUUUGUAGGUUCACCAUCUCCGUCUGUUGAGUGGAAAAAGAAUGGCGAGAUCAUUUCAUCUAGUCCAGAAUUCAAAAUUGAAAAUACUGAAGGAAUCACACGUGUAAUCAUAGCGAAAGCUUUAAUGCCUUUGACUGGUAUAUACAAAAUAAAGAUAGCGAACGAAGCUGGAAAAGAUGAAGUUGAGAUUAAGUUUUUCGUUAAAGAUAAACCAGGACCUCCUAGAGGCCCCCUCCAGUUUUCAGAUAUUACAGCUGAUAGCUUAACCCUUGGAUGGAAGCCGCCAUUGAAUUACGGUGAAGAUUUCAAAGACUAUGAUAUGCCGCCAAUUUUAGGAUACUACGUUGAAAUGAUGGAUAUGGAUGAUAAAAAAUGGCUGGCAGUGGGUAAGCCGGUCGGUGGUUUGUCCAAAAAAGUGCCUGAUUUGAAACCCGGUAAAACUUACAAGUUCAGGGUGAAGGCUGAAAAUUAUUUCGGUAUCGGUGAACCUCUGGAAAGCGAACCUUUUCUGUUUAAACCACCAUUUGGUGUGCCCUUCCUAGAAUCGCCAUUGCAGCCAACUGCCGAGACCAAGGUUAGGGCUAGGCAACCAUUAGAUCUUGGAUUGCCGAUAUACGAUUCGCCUCAACCUUCGGUCGAUAGAUACAAGGAAGGUGUACCCUACCGAGGACCGCCAUUGCAGCCAACUGCCGAGACUAAGGAUAGGGCUAGACAACCAUUUGAUCUUGGAUUGCCGAUAUACGGUUCGCCUCAACCUUCGGUCGAUUGGUACAAGGAAGGUGUACCCUACCGAGGACCGCCAUUGCAGCCAACUGCCGAGACCAAGGAUAGGGCUAGACAACCAUUUGAUCUUGGAUUGCCGAUAUACGGUUCGCCUCAACCUUCGGUCGAUUGGUACAAGGAAGGUGUACCCUACCGAGGACCGCCAUUGCAGCCAACUGCCGAGACCAAGGAUAGGGCUAGACAACCAUUUGAUCUUGGAUUGCCGAUAUACGGUUCGCCUCAACCUUCGGUCGAUUGGUACAAGGAAGGUCCUCCUCCGCCAUUAUUAAUGGAAGUGCCAUAUGUAUAUACCUCGGGAAGAAAUUAUAUCGAGGUGAGAUGGAAUUCUCCCAUAGAUUUAGGACUGCCUUACCUGACCUACAACAUUGAAAGGCGGGACGAUGAGUAUCCCGACUGGAAGCGUAUCAAUACUUUCCCGUUAAUGGAGACUCGUCUAAGAGACAGGCAAAUCAAGCCGGACAGAUCGUAUGAAUACCGUGUUAUUCCUUUUAUGGAAUCGUUUAUAGGAACCCCUGGCCUUCCAUCUUUGCCUUACAAAAUAGAGGAGUUUAGAGUUAAGCCCAGGAUUUUGAUUGAACAAUCUCCUAUUAACGAAUCCGUUAUUAAAAUCGAGAUUGGGACACCUAUCGAAUGGGUUAUUCCUAUAGUGGGCGUGCCUAGGCCAAAGGUGGAUUUUUUCCGAAACGGUUUACCCUUGCCUUUCAUCCCACCUUCUUUUUACGAUUGGAUUGCCAGACCUGAAGAUAACCAUCCCUGUAUCAGGGUUAGGAUACCCGAGAUAGAUAUAGAUUUCCAAGGCAAAUAUAUGAUGAUAGCCAAAAAUCUUUAUGGUACAGACAUAUUUGAAUUCAAAAUAAAUGUUCUCAGCAAGCCAGAUAAGCCCAUGGGCCCGUUGAUUAUAGAGGACAUAGGCCAUGAUUUUGCUACUAUAUCUUGGAAACGGCCCCCAACAUAUAUAGGGGACGACCUUUACAGGGCAAGAGCUAUGGAUAGAGAUAUAUAUGAUGACGAUUAUAAUUACUUAGUAGAAUAUAGGAACAGGGACAGGGCCGAGCUUUACGACGAUGAUCUAGAUGGGGGUUGGAUAGAGUGUGGCAAGUUAUCGCCGCGCGAACAUCCGUUAACCAGAUAUAGAAUUCCAGAUUUAUAUUACGGGGCCCCUUAUAGUUUCAGAGUUAGAGCCUUUAAUGAUUACGGCUACAGCUUGCCCCUGGAGAGUGAUAGAGAUAUAUAUACCUUGCCACCACGUCAACUCAGAUCAUCUUUAAGUCCAUACCUGGACAGACCUCUUUUAGGAUCCGAUUAUCCCAUUGGUCCAGAUAAUUAUCCAGAUACCUUCGGCUAUUACAGGCACGAUUAUGGAGACAGUGACUAUCCAUUGUCAUAUCGUCAAAGAUUACCCGGGGAUUACAAAGGAAUGGAUGAUUUAAAUUUAGAUUUUGAUGAUGUUGGUAGGUAUUUUAGAAAAGAUUAUAGAAGUUACGAUGAGGAAGAUGAUCAAGUAAUGGUAAUGCGGCGAAGGCCUAUGAGGAUGGAAUGCAUAGAAAUUCUCAGCCCUCCAAUGAAUUUACGCAUCGAGCGUAUAUUUAAUCAAGAUCUACAAUUGGUGUGGGAUGCCUCACCCGAUGAAUUCACGGAACAAUUCAUAGGUUACAUUGUUGAGAUGAGCCUAGAUAAUUACGAAUGGCUCUGUUUGAAUUCUGUACCAAUUAUGGAAAGGUCAUACUUAGUCACCGACAUAAUAGAAGGGCAGGAUUAUAGCUUCAGAGUUAGAUCCAUAACCUUGUACGGGUCUUCCAUGCCUACGAUACCGACAAACACCAUGCUGAUGCAAUAUGAUUUGCAUGGCGCCGCGGAAGAGAGAAUACCAUCCAAAUUUAGGGUUAGGGAAUACGAGUCAUUAGAAGCGAUUUUUCCACACGCUGGAUUUAUUGUCAGAGAAGUUGAAUGGAUUGUAAAUGGAAUACUUAUCGCUCCUUCUUCCAACAAUUUAUGGGUAUGUCACCCAGAUCACAUCAUCUUUCUUAUACCCAGAAUUACUAAAGAAUUCUCGGGUCAUCAUAGCAUAACUGUAUGGACUGAAUUCGGUGUGGAAAAUUUGGAAUUUUUCGUACAUAUUUACGGCCCGCCCAGCCCUGUCAUUGAACCUAUAGUGAUAGAUGAAAUAACGAUUGACAGCUGCCGGUUGAGUUGGACUCCUCCAGAAUGCAACGGAGGAUCGGAUAUAACAAAUUACGUUAUAGAAAUCAGGGAAAAUGGAAAGAUCAAUUGGUGCGCCGUCGCCAAAUUUAGUACAAAGCCGAGUUAUUGUGUUCUAGACUUAGAGCCGGAUACCGAAUUCCAAUUUCGGAUAUUCGCUGAAAAUAUAUACGGCCUUUCUAUGCCCGUAGAAACUUGCUUCAUCAGAACUCUACCAGCUAUAACGUUCCCAGACGCUCCCAGUUCUCCCAUACUGAUUGGACAGGGAGUGCAUUUUAUUAAAAUAGCCUGGAAACCACCGUUGUUCGAUGGUAGAUCUCCCAUCAUUGGGUUUAGAGUAGAACGCAAAUACGAAAAGGACGAUUGUUGGACAAUAUUGGAUGAUUGCCAUCCCACGAAUCAAUACCUCGACGAGAAGCUAUACAGGACCAGGAGAGGUGGAAUUAUGAGAAAGAGUUUUAGAAGGAGAACGCCAAGUUUUAGCAGGAAGCUCGAAGGAGGGGAGGAAAUUAUUGGGGGAGACGGAGACGAAUGCGUAUGUUACAGAGUGAGUGCGGUUAACCGAGUCGGUUCCGGUCCUAUGAGCCUACCAUCCGAAUAUUAUCCCAGUUCACUUUGUAAAAAACCUACCUUGAUCAAUGAUUUCGGGCUCUGCUUUACUCCCAAAUUAUUCAUAUUGGGGAUCAAAGAUUUAUUUUCUAUCAAAAUCGAUUUUCAUUCCGAUGAUCGACCUGUACUAAUAACUUGGCUGAAAGAUAAUCAUCCUGUCAGGAUACUAGGCACCUGUAUAGAGGAACAGCGAGAGAGCGCCAUUUUCCGCAUAUUUUCAUGCAAACUUGAAGACGACGGAAAUUACGAAUGCAUAUUUUCCAAUAAGUUCGGUUCGAUUUCGGCUUAUUUUACCAUCAUGAUUAUCGAUAAACCUUCCGCUCCGGUCGGUCCCGUAAUUUUGUCCGAACCCACCGAGAGUUCCGUUACCCUCUCUUGGAGAUGCCCAGAGUUUUUGGGGGGCAAUAGACUUACAGGUUAUAGUUUGGAAUUUCAGGAUAUGAGAGAUGAUAAAUGGUCCAAAAUUCCUUAUAUGCUGUCCUCGCCACAUUAUACAAUCACUGGCUUAGUCGAAGGCCAACGAUAUUUAGUCAAGAUAACCGCUAACAAUAACCAAGGUGAAAGUCUGGGAUUGUUUACAAAUUUAAUAGUAGGUCUUAAAGCCCCGCCCUUAAAUAGCCCAUUUGGAAGACCGACAGUCGAAGACUUAGGGUUCUCCGACUUGAGAUUAUUCUGGGAUCCUAUACAACUUAAUAAAGCUAACGACAAAAUUAUAGGCUACAUAAUAGAAAAGAGGAUUUAUGGGAAUGAAUGGAUUAGAGUAAAUUCCGUGCCUUUAUCUCAAAGCUAUCACGAUGUCAAAGAUCUUACUCCAUCCGGAAAAUACGAAUUCAGGAUCAAAGCGUUGUUAGAAGAUGGAUUAUCAUACACAAGCGACAUCUCUAACUUGAUCGCAAUGAAAAGAAUGCCUUGUGCCCCCAGUCCUCCACUAUCGUUGGAUGUUUUAGGUAUGAAUGAACACUCCGUUUCGCUGAGUUGGAAAUGUCCCAUAGACAAUGGCGGGAAAGAAAUAACCUCAUACGAAAUCGAAAUUCAAGAGAAUUACGACACCUGGCGCCAUAUUUUAACUCAAACGGCGAAUCAAAACGACUGUCAAAUCAAUAGACUUAAGGAGGUCAAUAUAUACAGGUUCAGGGUCAUAGCUGUCAAUGAAAUAGGUUAUAGCAGAGCGAGCGAGCCCACCCCAUAUAUAUGUCUAACCGAUUUUCCAAUUCCCCCCAAAAUGGAUGCCGAUUUCACAUCAAUCAACGUAAGUUCGGGGGCCCACAAAGAUGUUCAAAUUCAAAUACCAUGUAUUUUCGGGGAAAAUACAAAUUUCGAUUUGUAUUACAAUUAUAAGCCAAUACGUCUCCCCGCGAAAUAUUCAAUUAUUCCUGAUAUAGCUUCUGGAAUGUUGGAACUAACCAUAAAAAAUUUGGAAAGGGAUGACAAAGGCAUGUACAUCCUUGAGAUUUCGAAUAAAUUUGGCAAAAUUCAUAGCGAUAUUCACUUGAAAGUUUUCGAUACUCCUUCCAAACCCCGGCAGCCUUUAUCGAUAGAAAAUCUUAAACCUGACGAAUUGAACUUGAAAUGGUUAUGUCCUAAAAGCGACGGAGGAAAACCGAUAUCUGGUUAUACGAUCCAAAUGCUUGAUCUGGCAAGAGCCAACAGGCAUCCUGACGAUGUAGACUCUUGGAUAACUCUGAUCAGUGGUCAUAAAGGAGAAGAGAUUAAAAUCCCUAGUUUAAGCGUGGGCAAGGAUUACAGAUUUAAGAUAUUCGCGGAAAAUGAAGUAGGCUUAUCCAAGCCACUUUAUAGCGACGUGAUAAGACCCAAAACAUUCUACAAAAAGCCAUUUACCCCAUCUGCCCCUCAAAUAACGGAUUGGUCUAAUGAAUUCGCCGUAGUAGAAUGGAACCAUUCCAAAUCAGAUGGAGGUUUACCUAUUAAAGGUUUUAUCUUGGAACGCAAAGAAGUGAGAAAUGGACAAAUGGAUUGGAAUUCCGUGCAUUCUGCUUUAAUCUCGGAAUUGUCCUAUAAAGAUGGCACCUUAAUGCCGAAACACUAUUAUCAAUACAGGGUGAUUGCCGUCAACGAUAUUGGAAUGAGUGAACCAAGUCAGCCAACUUGCGAAAUUCAAGCCUCUCCAUCUAAACAAGCUCCCAAGAUAAGCCUCUCUUCCGCCCAAAUGAGAGGCCUUAAUCUCAACGCGAAUCAGCAAAAUCCCCUUAUCAUAAAUAUUUCUAUUUCCGGUUCGCCCGUACCCAAAGUUACUUUGUAUCACUCGGGCCAUCAGAUCAUAAAUUCCGCGAAUAACCAUAAAAACGCUUACGAAUUAGACCCGGGAAAUGAUAAUCUUAAACUGAUCAUAAUGAAUCCUACGUAUUGCGAUAACGGAGAGUACGAAUUAGAGCUUGAAAAUAAACUUGGAAAGGACAAAGCAACUUUCAGAAUAAAGAUUAAUGAUAAACCUAGCCAGCCAAGGGAACCCGUAAAAAUAAUCUCUCCCGACAAGGGUUUCAUCAACAUACAAUGGAAGGAGCCUUCCAAUGAUGGCUGGUCCAAUAUAAACGGAUACAUCAUAGAAGCUUACAAUCCCAACAAAUCCACUUGGGAAGAAAAUGGAACGACUUGUAACACUUCAUAUAACAUGUACCUAGAUAGCCAUGUAUACGACCUGGAUUCAGAACCAAUCAAAUAUAGGCUCAGGAUAUCUGCCAAAAAUAUAAACGGUAAAAGCGAACCUUUGGAAUUGACGCCAUUUGCGAUUAGCGAUAUCAAAUGUAAGCCCUCCCCCGUUCCGGAACCGCCCGUAGCUAAAGAGAUAGGCGCAGAUUACAUAAAAUUAUCUUGGGAAGUUCCUCACGUAGACGGGAAUGACGCGAUAGGAUACAUCAUCGAGCAAAAUCUCUUAGAAGAUUGUCUCGCCUCAUCCGGAAACUGGUUUAAGUUGAACUUCGAGCCAAUCAUUUUCAAUCAAUUCAAGGUAACUCAAUUGUCACCUAAUAGGCAAUAUCAAUUUAGAAUAACUGCCCUCAAUUCUCUAGGAUGCGCUGCAGCUAGUGCCCCGUCUCAAAUUUUUACUACGAGACUAAAUAUGAAGGUUCCAUCGUUUCCCAGGAACUUUCAAGUAAUACCCAUUCCCCCGGAUGAAUUGUCCUUCGUCUGGGACCGUCCACUUAACAAAAUGGCCACUUCUCUCGUAUCGGACCCUAAUAACUCUGGAAAUAAAAAUUUGUGGUACUUUAUAGAGUACCAAUCUUUCACGGCCAACUCCUCAAAUUCAUUUUACCAAGUGGAUAACGAUGAACAUUUUCCGCCCACUUCUGACGACCGUUUGAGCAAUUUUGAUAUGAACUGGAUUCCAUUAAACUCCGAACCUAUAUGGGGGCUCAGCUACUCGGCCCGACAAUUAGAUCCCGAUUUUCAGUAUUUGUUUCGCAUAUACGCGUGCAAUGAAGUGGGGGCGAGUGAACCAUACCAAACGGAAAAAUUGAUGAGACCUCCGCAAAAAUUGAUGGCGCCCCACAUAACGACAUGCACGCUCAAGGAUACAGAUAUAAAUCCCGUGAGAGACAAGGUCUCCUUUUACGUCGCAUUCAAGGGCUGCCCCAAGCCUAAGGUCCAAUGGCUUUUAGAUGGACAGGAGAUGUCGACGUACGUCAAUAAUGUACAAAUCCUCGGAGACAAUAACGGAAGUAGCAGCGAAAUCGUAUUUACCAACUUGAACGAUUCGAGAUUAGCCGGGAAAUCGGCUACGCUCACCCUUAAUUUGGUCAAUUCCGUCGGCAGCGACGCAAGGAGUUGUCUUAUUCGUGUACUGGGACCACCCUCGGCUCCGGAAGGUCCUUUAACUAUCAAAUUUGUCAGACCAGGCAUAUACUGUUUAGCUUGGACACCCCCGACUGAAACAGGUGGUUGUCCUGUCUUGAGUUACGUGGUAGAUUGUAAGAUAAUUGACUAUAAGCAAGGGUUAGAUUUAUUUGACGGGGGAACUCUUCUACACCCUCGAGAAUUGAGAGAUGACGAUUCUUUUACAACGACAACGGAGCGUGAAGAGGACAUCGAAUCUGAAGUCACCGCGGAGUACGGAAAAUUUUUAUCGGCCCGUAGCGAAUGGAUAACGGUCAACGAUAUAGAUGACAUGGAGUUCCCUAUUGUGUAUGGGCCUGACGGCAACGCCUUGUACCAAGCAAAACCCAAUUGUAAAUUUCACUGUCUAUCGCUCAUUCCGAGGGAGCAAAUAAGGCCUAUCCCCUUGCCUGAGGAAUUAUUAUCACUUCCUUUCCCUCCAAAUAUCAAGUUCAUCUUCAGGGUAAGGGCCCUUAAUUUGAUAGGGGCUUCGAAACCACUGGUGAACGCUACGCCUAUGACCAUUCAAUCCGAAUUUGAUUUAUAUCCAUCCCCAGGAGCUCCAUUUAUACAAGACAGUUCCUACGACUUUAUCAAACUUUCGUGGGCACCAACCGAUAAAGAAGGGACAAGACCUUUGCUGGGAUAUGAUCUAGAGAGGUUAGAAGUGUCGGCAUCUGAUUUAGGGGUGGAAUACAUCAAUGGUUCAAUCAUGUGUGUCGAUACUGAUUUGUUGAACCUUAGUCCUAAUGAAUGGCAGCUAGUCAAUACCAGUGGUGUAAUUAAGAAGGACAAAAAGAGAAGGUCUAAAUAUUCACCUGUAGACAUUACUAAAGAUUUGUGCUAUGUGGACAAAGGAGUUACUCCUGGAAAUGCUUAUAUCUAUAGAGUGUUUGCUGUUAAUUUUCAAGGAAGGAGCCUUCCCAGUCAAAUAAGUAAAGUUAUGUUAGCUCGCGAGAAACAUUUCUCUCCAAAAUUUAUCCUUCCCACCGAGUUUGCCGAUGUGUUCAAAGUUAAAGUUGACUCGUGCUUUGAUAUUAAUGUUUCAUAUGCUGCCGAUCCUGAACCUAAACUCAUAGUCUACAAAGACGAAAAUAAAAUCAUGCCUGACACUUCACUUUCUUGGAACGUCAAUCAAGAACAAAUCCAACUCUCCUUCCCCUGUUUUACCAAAUGGAACAUAGGGAAUUAUAAAUUAGUCUUGGAAAACGAAAUGGGAAAAUGCAAGAUCCAAUUUGCAAUGGAUAUAUUAGGGGGUCCAAAUGUGCCAGUAGGACCUGUAUGUCACGAAUUCACGGAUGAUUAUGAUUUGAUCUUGACCUGGAAAGUUCCCAAGCAACUCAUUGAUGAAAUUGAUGAUUACCUAAUAGAACAAAUCGAGGGCUCCACGCUUCUUUGGACGCGGUGCGAUUACGAACUAGUCCCAAAAUCCAAUUUUGAAUCUGUAUCCCUGAGCAACUCGGCUUUAAUCAAACAUUUGCGGUUCGGUCAAAAGUACAAAUUUUCUAUCAAAGCCAAAAGCACCUUCGGUGUUAGUGACCCACUUAUAACAAAUUAUAUUCAAAUGCCUGCAGCGAAUAAAGUUCCAGACCCACCAAGAGAUAUCGAAGUAUUUGAUGUGAUGUCAGGUUCCGUUAAAUUAAGAUGGUCGCCUCCAUUGCAGAACGAGUUGGGCGGAAGUCAAGAAGGAAAAAUUCUUCCAUUAUUAGGAUAUCUCGUUCAAAUUCAACGCAAGAAAUUCUACGAGUCUAAUAUUUUACAAUUGGAACCUCUUGCAAUGGAUGAUGUAAGUUCCCUAAAAGUGGGAAUAAUUAACUUGGAAGUCGGCGAGUGGGUUAAUAUUAAUACUUAUCCUGAUACUAGUACUGAAAAGUUGAUACCGAAUUUGUCGAAAGGGGAUAAAGUGAGAUUCCGGGUAGCGGCCGUUAAUAAAGCCGGCUCUAGCGAUUUUAGUUUUCCAACUGACUUUUGCGAAGUUAAAGAUAAAAUAACGAUGACCUCCUGUCCCAGACAACUAGUCCUAAAACCCCUGCCCAAUUCUUCUAUGAUUCAGCUCUCGUGGGAGGUCCCAUUAGAUGAAGGAAAUCUUCCUAUCUUGAACUACCUAAUAGAAUAUUCCUUAAAUACGAAUGACAACCCAAAUUGGACUCCUACCUCUUCUGCUUAUCUAUCUCACCAAAGUAAUACUAGUUGCUUGAUUGAUUUAAAGGAACUGUUACAUUCAAGAAAGGGUCCCUUAGAAGAUACCAUUCAGUUUCGGGUUCUGGCAAGAAACGGCCAGGGUCUCGGGCCGCCAUCUCUACCCAUAUGUUUGCACUCACCCUCAUUGCCUUCCUCAAGGAAUAUCAAUCAAUAUCCUAAGAUAACUUGUAUACUUGAACCAGAGUAUACCCUGAUGGCGGGACACGAAUUCGAUAUUAAAAUUCCCUUUAUAUGCCCAAAUACGGAAGCGGAAGACGUGAAAAUAGAUUGGAAAAGGGACGAUAUUUUGAUGUUCCCUAAUGCCGAUGAUCGCAUAUCUAUUAAUAAAUAUCCACAUUACACCGAUUUCCGAAUCAAGGAAACUAGCAGAGAUGACCAAGGGAAUUAUUCCUUGAUCAUUACUAACCCAUAUGGUUCAGCCGAGAUUGGAUUCAAUCUUAUAAUCAAGGACAAGCCAGCGAAACCGUACAAUGUCAAAUGCACUGAAUGCACAGGCGAAAAUGCAUGGAUAACUUGGAGUUGUGAUUCAGAGUACGAAAAUGAUAUUUAUUACAUGGUAGACAUCAAAAAUUUUAGUCAAGAUAAUUGGACCAAUAUAGACGAUCAUUUAUUCAAAACCAGAAUCAAAAUAACGGAUCUAACAAUAGAUGAUAAAUAUGAAAUUCGGGUCUCGGCCAACAAUUUAUACGGACAAAGUGAAUACGCCAUUAUGGCCAGUCCUCUGCAUUGCAAAUACCCAUUCAAAGUUCCGGAUUCUCCUGGAAUUCCAUUUGCCGAUGUGACUGGAAAAGACUUUAUAAGGCUCAAAUGGCAAACACCGUACAGCGAUGGCGGGAGUAAAGUAUUGGGUUAUUUGAUAGAGCAAAGAGACGAAUUCGCUUUCGAACAAUUAGAAAAAUCGGCCGAAAACAUGUGGAUCGAAGCUAAAAUCAAAGAGCAAAUCGAUCAGAAUAUCGUAAUAAUAACUGAUCUAUUACCAGAAUUAGGAUAUCAAUUCCGUGUUUCCGCAUAUAACAAAGCCGGUCAGGGUCCAUGGUCACAGGAAUCAGACAUUUUGGCUACCAAGACUCCUACCAUUACUCCUCGAAUCUUAGAAGAACGCGUUGAAAAGGAUGUAGUAGCUUUUAGGGGAACGGAAUUUCAUUUGGUGGUUCCUUAUCAAGCUUACCCCAAACCCUUAGCUACAUGGACCAAAGGAAAUUUAGAACUUCCUAUAGGAUAUAAUACAAAAUUUUGUUCUCUGAGCGAAGAUCAUUGCAACACCAUUCUGUUAAUUCAUAACAUCGACUUCUCUGAUGCAGGAACUUAUUGUUUGACACUCAGGAACGAUAAAGGCUGGGAUAGUAUUUUCAUCAAAAUUAAGGUUGUAGGUCCUCCAAAUUCCCCAGCUAAGCCCCUUACCGCUAUCAUUAAGGAUAAGAAUUCCGUUAGGCUAUCUUGGAGAUACACCGAGGCGACUGCAUCAGGUCAAUCUAGCAGCGAUAAUCCGACUCACUACAUGGUCGAAUAUAAAAAAAUGAACGAUGGCACCGGUUUGAACGGUAUCGACUCGAUUAAUUAUCGUGUAAGGAGCACGAUAUCUCCCUUAAGCGUCAGGGGAAGAAUGGAAAGAGAAACUUCGGUAGGUUCCGACAUUCCUGGCCCGUGGUUUCAGUACCCAGAUACAACUAUAUUAAACAGAAUAACCAUUACCAAUUUGGAUGAAAAUGGUAAAUAUCUUUUCAGAGUAAUCGCGAUCAAUAAAUACGGGGCUAGUGAACCUCUUCAUUUAGAAUCCCCCUUAACAUUGCAUAUAGAAUAUGAACAACCGGAUGCUCCUGGUUGCAUUAAUUCCUCAUUUAUAGACGAAGAUUCUAUGAAUAUCAAUUGGGAAACCAAUAAUAAGAGCGAUAUUUCCAUCAGAGGGUAUAGCUUGGAAUACACCGAGGUAGAGAAUGAUACAUAUCUAUGGCAACAAUAUUUGCCUCCUGAAACGGAACAAGAAUUAUUGGAUGACUGCGAUAAUGACAUCGUUACUAGGCACAAUGAAAUCAUAGUCAAGGGUUUGGAACCUUUCAAAAAGUAUCGUUUUAGGGUCAGAACCAAAAGUUCGGAAGGUGUUUGGAGUAAUUAUAGUGAGCUAUCUCCUAUCUUGAGUCUCAAAACGCGUAUCAGAAUACCUUCUCAGCCAAACCCGCCAGAAGUUUUGGAUUGGGGCAAAGAUUUCGUUCAGCUCAUUUGGAAGCCACCUAUUAAUGACGGCGGGGAUAUAUUUAUAAAAUAUAUAGUCGAAUAUAAGGAUGUGGGGGGUAGUGAUUGGCAUACGGCGACCGAAACACCCAUAAGUCGUAACAAGUAUAUGGUCUGCAACUUAAAUGAUAAGACGAAGUAUCAAUUUAGAAUAACGUUAGUAAAUCGCGCGGGAAAAAGUGGGCCAAGUAGUGCGACAGAGCCCGUUAAAUUGCUUCAGCCAGGGGAUAGGCAAGGAGGAUAUUACGGGAAUAGAGCAGGAGACGAUAAGCUUAGAAUGAUAAGGUCCAUUAAAGAUGUCGAUUUUGCUCUUAAUUCCACUUUCCAGAUGGAAUGCGAGAUAUCGGGUUACCCGGUGGACAAAUUCAAAUGGUUGAAAAACGGAAUUGAACUGCGAGAAACCGAACGUAUCAAAUAUAUGGAGAGCGGCCCUACAUAUUAUUCGCUUAUGGUUACACGAGCCGAUGAUGGCGAUAAGGGCAAGUACACUUUAACCCUUCAAAACGACGCGGAUAUUAUUUCCACCACUGCUUACGCCAAAUAUAUCGCUCCUCCGAUUAUCAUUCAAAGCCCGAAAAACGACUCCGUAUCAUUUAAACAAGGUUCGACGGGCAGAAUUAAAAUAUUUUUAGACGGCACACCGCCUUUCAAAUACCAAAUUUCCAAGAAUGGUUGCAUAAUCAUGGGUAAAUCCCUUGUAGGCAAUUUGCAGAGGGAGGAAAUGCCAUACUGCUACGAUGACGAAACUGAGGAAUUAGGUGGAAGUAUAUCUUCUUCGAUCUCUAGUAGAGAACGAAGCCGUUCUAGAAUGGCUCUCCCGAUUCGUAACUAUAGAAAAUCUUCGCACGCUAGAUUCAAAAUGAUAGAAUCGAUAGAUAACGUGACUCUUAUAUUGGGUAGCGUGGGUCUCGCCGAUUCUGGUGAAUACAUGUUCGAAAUUUCCAAUCCUAGCGGGAUUGUCAUUCGGGCAGUUCAAGUCAAAGUUUUGGGAGCACCAAGUAGCCCAAAAGGUCCAGUGAUUCAUAAAGUUUUGAAUAAAUCAGAAAUUUAUCUCUCCUGGUCUAAACCGGACGAAGAAGGGGGAAGCCCUAUAAUGCAUUACGAAAUCGAGCGGAGGAUGCUAGGAAAAAAUUAUUGGAUAUCUUGCAAUUCUUAUUGCAAGACGACCGAUUGUACGGUUAGUGAUUUGAUUCCGAACAAAAAAUAUUUAUUCCGGAUAUAUGCCAUAAAUGAGCAAGGUAAAAGUCCCUACCUAGAACCCGUUACCGAGUUUCAUAUUCCUACGCAUAUUACUUUGCCAGACGCACCCACAAAUUUAACUAUCUCGGAUGUUAUUAGCCAAGAUGGGAAGAAACUAUGCGUGGGAGCAUCUAAUGAUUUAUCAUCUACCGAAUCAAUUCAAUUGAAUUGGAACCCACCCUUAAAAAAUCAAAACGGAACAUGUUUUGGAUACCUAGUGGAAAAACUCGAUCAAUUAGAAAACUAUUGGGUUCCCGUGACCGAUAAAACUUUUUCCUCGAUUGGGAGCGAUAUAACAUUAUCUCAUCAUAAACUCCCAUCGGAAUUUGGAGAUAUGGGCGAUGAAGACUUUUAUCCCUUCUUGAUUCAAAACACCUCUUUGAGGGUAGAUGGCAUCGUACCCGAACGCGAAUAUUCUUUCAGGGUGUUUUCCGUGAACGAGGCCGGAAAAAGUAUCCGAUCGGCGGAAUGCGUGAAGCCUAGAGAAGCUCCGAUUUCGCCCUUCAAUGGGAAAAUGGAAGUGAUACUACCCUUGAGAAAUGCUACGGUUAAAGAAGGGAAAACGUUACGUAUGGAGACUUAUAUUCAGGCACCCGAAUGUUCAAUUAUUUGCUGGUUCAAAGAUCAAGUCGAAAUAUGUUCUUCCUUAAAAUACAAUAUCUUCUCCCUGGACUCUCGUCAUAUACUACUAGUCCACGAUUUCAAUGUCUUUGAUGAAGGAGAAUAUACCUGCUUUUGCACUUACUUGACUAAUAGUGUUUCGACUGGUGCUAGCAUAAUGUUGAGAGAGAAUUAUUCGUCAUCUCAGGAUAAUGGCAAUUUCAUUCCCUCUUAUGCUCCUAGUAGAAACUCGUCUUAUGUAGAAAGAUCUACUAGAACUCCUACGAUAGGAUCGUCAACUUUUCAAGACAGAAGCAGCUCUUUCAGGAAGAGUCCUGAUAAAUCUAGCGAAAAUAAUCUCAAAGAAAAUAGCGCACCAAGUUUCGUUGAUUUGCUAAAACCCUUAUCUAUCCCCGAGAGAGAAUCCGACUUAUUAACAUGCAAGAUUGAAGAUAAUCUCAAAGAAAAUAGCGCACCAAGUUUCGUUGAUUUGCUAAAACCCUUAUCUAUCCACGAGGGAGAAUCCGACUUAUUAACAUGCAAGGUUGAAGAUAAUCUCAAAGAAAAUAGUGCGCCAUGUUUCGUUGAUUUGCUAAAACCUUUAUCUAUCCCCGAGGGAGAAUCCGACUUAUUAACAUGCAAGGUUGAAGUCAAAGAAAAUAGCGCGCCACGUUUCGUUGAUUUGCUAAAACCCUUAUCUAUCCCCGAGGGAGAAUCCGUCUUAUUAACAUGCAAGGUUGAAGGUAACCCACCGCCCACCAUUAUUUGGUUCAAAGGAGCAGAAAAAUUGGAUAAUUUACCGCCAUAUCAGAUUUCGCAAACGCCAGAGGGUAAAUGUACCUUGAAAAUCACAUCAGUCGCUCCGAAUCAAGAGGACGAUUAUAUUUGCAUAGCUUGUAACGCUCUCGGAGAUUCCUCCUCUUCCACUCAAUUGAAAGUUAUUGCUUCUACUAAGACGACUCCUAGAGGUAAAGAAAUAGGAGAUCUAUCAGAGUCGAAGCCAGAAUUCGUAAAAAAGUUGGAAGAUAUUAAGGUUCAGGAAGGGCAUACAAUCACGGUUGAAUGCCAGAUUCAAGGUAUUCCAAAACCGGAUGUCACUUGGUUAUUCAACGGCAAUCCCAUAGAAGCGGAUAAUAUAGACGUCUUCAACGAAGAUGACCUUUACAAAAUGACGAUAUAUAACUGCGAAAAAGAAAACUCAGGCAAUUACACUUGCCUUUCCUCUAAUUCGCUGGGUCAAGCUGAAUGCCUAAUGCGUUUAACUUGUGGAUGAAAUUUCCAUUUUUAUUAACACGUCACUAAUUUUUUUAGCCAUAUUUUUUUAUUGAUUUAAUUGUUUUUUUUUAUAUUAGGAAAAAUUAUAAGUUCUGAAAAUUGAAAUUAUUUAUAUUAUUCUCCCGAACUUGUCAGUUUUCCAGCAUUUAAAAAAAUAAAUUGGUGUUAUUUUAUAAUAAUCAAAUAAUCAUUCAUGGUAUUGUACACUAACAGAUACAAAUAUACAGAUACAUAUAUCAUAUUUAUUAUUUCCCUUCAAAA